AUGUCCUUAGUACUAUAUUGCGGGAUGUCUCGCAACUGUACUAUCUCUAACAUGACUAAUAAGCUUUCUCAACUCAAAGAUGCAAUUACUAGACAUGACCAUAAGAUGAUAAUUUCUCUGAGUAAGUCUCUUUCGCGGCAGCAAGCAGUCUAUAUGACGCUCAAGUACCAAGCUUAUUUUGGCGAGCUCUUCUUUACAGCUCAUGGCUUCUCCCACCGAAGCUUUGGUCACUUGUCCAUCUAUGGUUCGUCCUCCGUCAACGGUAUUGCUGCGAUAUAUGAGGGGCUGGAGCAUGAAGAAGGAGGACCUGAUGACGGAGAAUCAAUCAUUCCUUCUUCUUGUUACUACGGAGAGCUUCUUCGAGGCUACUUUACAGACCCCUACAAGUAUGAUGCAGAGUGCCUGUACGGCUCUCUUUACCACAGUGAUGGCAUAAUUGCAAAGGCAAGAGACAGCCAGUCCAGCCUGCCUAACUUUUUAGAGGUCAUUGAGCUUCUUUGCACGCGGACAGAUGCCGACAUAAUGGGGAUGAGGAACGCCUACAAUAUGCUUACAGGCGGUUUAGAUAUGUUUGUUGAUGUCCUCAGUUUUCUCAGCAGACAGUCGGCUCUCCACCAGCUCGUUAGUGUCGGCUUAUAUAGUUUAUCUUAUCGUGGCAUGUAUGCGCUGUGCACUGAAAAGCCGAAUGAUUCACAUGGAAAAUCUUCUUCACUGACGACUAUUGCAAGCAUAGAUCAUUUGGAUACCACCAGUACUCAGUUCAGGGCCCAGGUCGACGCGUCUGUAGAUGAGCUUCUAGAGGCCACCAAAGGCUUUGCACACAGGGAAGCGACCUUUUAUGAAAUGCUGUUUCUUUCGUCUCCAGCACACCUCCGAGCAGUUGCAGCCGAGUAUAAGUCCAGAACUGGAACAGAGUUGGACACGGUCCUGGAAGAAGAAUUCACAGGCGUUAUAUCCUAUGCCUUACGCCUGAGAUACUACUUUGUUACCAACCCCGCUCGGUGUUAUGCAUGGAUCAUUUACAGAACUAUUAGGGAAUACAGGGAUAGGAGCCUGCUUCGGGCAUUUUUGGCCUGCCUUGAAGACAUCAGCAACGUUGCACAAGAAUUCCAGCACUUUAGCAAGAAGCCCUUACGUACUGAGCUACGAAGUAUCUCUACAGGUAACUUUAAGCGCCUUCUCUUGGCUCUUUUUGAUGGAAAUUAUCAAAGAUUGGCAACAAUCUCCUGA